AUGGAGUACAGGUUCUCAUCCGCCUUGGAGAGUGAGUUUGUUUCGUGCCAGCUUCACCAAUGGAUUGAUCUAAUUUUUGGCUACAAACAGCAAGGGCCAGAGGCUGUCCGAUCCCUGAAUGUAUUCUACUAUUUAACCUAUGAAGGAGCAGUCAAUCUGAGUUCAAUAACUGAUCCUGUAUUGAGAGAGGCUGUUGAAGCUCAAAUACGAAGUUUUGGACAGACCCCUUCCCAACUACUCAUAGAGCCACAUCCUCCAAGAAGUUCUGCCAUGCAGGUGUAUCUCCUCCUGCAGAGUCCAUUGAUGUUCACAGACCAAGCUCAACAGGAUGUUAUCAUGGUCCUAAAGUUCCCAUCCAACUCCCCUGUCACUCAUGUAGCAGCCAACACCCAGUCUGGUCUGGCAACUCCUGCUGUGAUCACAGUCACUGCUAACAGGCUAUUUGCUGUGAACAAGUGGCAUAACCUUCCUGCUCAUCAAGGUGCUGUACAGGACCAGCCAUACCAGCUGCCAGUGGAAAUCGAUCCUCUCAUAGCCAGCAAUACAAGUAUGCACAGGAGACAAAUCACUGACCUGUUAGACCAAAGCAUUCAGGUCCAUUCCCAGUGUUUUGUCAUCACCUCUGACAAUCGUUAUAUCCUGGUUUGUGGCUUUUGGGACAAGAGUUUCCGGGUCUAUUCUACUGAUACAGGUAAACUAAUACAAGUAGUGUUUGGGCACUGGGAUGUUGUCACCUGUCUUGCCCGCUCUGAAUCGUACAUUGGAGGAAAUUGUUACAUUCUCUCAGGAUCACGUGAUGCAACACUGCUGCUCUGGUACUGGAAUGGCAAAACCAAUAGCAUUGGUGAUAACUCAAGUGGUGAUUUUGCCACUCCCCGAGCUGUCUUGACAGGACAUGACUAUGAGAUUGUUUGUGCUACAGUUUGUGCUGAACUUGGUCUGGUAAUAAGUGGUGCUAAAGAAGGGCCAUGUCUCAUACAUUCUAUGAAUGGAGACCUAUUGAGGACAUUGGAAGGUCCUGAAAACUGCUUGAGACCAAAACUUAUCCAGGCUUCAAGAGAGGGCCACUGUAUCAUAUACUAUGAAAAUGGCCUUUUCUGUGUAUUCAGCGUGAAUGGGAAACUUCAGGCCACUAUGGAAACAGAUGACAAAAUAAGGGCAAUCCAGCUGAGCCGUGAUGGACAGUACCUGCUUACAGGCGGAGACAAUGGGGUCAUCAUGGUAUGGCAAGUGUGUGACCUCAAGCAGCUUUUUGCUUACCCAGGCUGUGAUGCUGGAAUCCGUUCCAUGGCCCUGUCAUAUGACCAAAGGUGUAUAAUGACUGGCAUGGCGUCUGGGAGCAUAGUGCUUUUCUACAAUGAUUUCAACCGAUGGCAUCAUGAAUAUCAAACCAGAUACUGAUGUUGCAACAGACCAGAACUAGCACUGACAAGGGCAGCUGCUGUCAGAAUGAAACUGAACAUAGCAAACCUCUAUUCAGUAUCCUGCCGCAGCGUUGUUCUGUAUAAAUAGCUAUAUUACAGCUGAAUGUAACUUAAAUUUGCUCGAAGAAGCAAACUAUUUUUUAAAAUUAAUUGCUAUUUUUGUAGACUUUGCAUGAUUUUUUGGGGCAAAGGGCAAAGAAGCAGAAAAAUGGCUGCUGGGUUCUGUAGUUAAAAAUCUAUAUUUUUAGUCAUAAUGAGAAGUCUAUUUUGAUUCAUGUAUGGAAAGAAACUUAAAAUAAAGAUAGUUAAAACUCUUAUUCUAGCUAUAUUAUGAAGAAAUACAUUUCCCAUCUAAAGCUUUAUCUAUAACCUUGAGGAAUAUAUGAUUUUAACAAAUUGAAAGUGGGUUAUAAUACUGGGGAUUUUAAUUUGUGCUACAUUUUGUCUUGAUGUACUUUUCCAAAUGAUUGUACUUCUUCAGCACUGAAGUUUCUGGGAAUCAAUAAUAAUAUUUAAAUUAUGAUAAAUGUAAUUUUAAACAUGACAAGGAAUUGUUUCCAUCAAUAUUACUAUUCAAGCAUGUUUCUAGACCUAGACAAUUAGUUCUUUUUUUAGUUAUAUGUUUUUGUUGUGCAGUUAAGAGGGAGAAAUCAGCAACAGAGUCUGUGUUACAUCAAAUGUGAAUCCUACUAGUUUUUACCUGAUAUCUCCUUCAGAGCACACCAAAAUGUGCAUUGUUCCUCAAAAUCAAAACUUCAACUUGGGGAGUUUGGACAUGUCCUCAAACUAGCAACCUACACAAUAUUUCUUUUUAAUUAGAUGCAAGUACCAAAGCACACUUCUGCUGCUUGACUAUGAAAGCACUAAGAGGCAGGCAUUCAAAUGUUCAUAGCCUUGACAUCUUUGCAGAAGCUCUAGACUUGCAAACUUCUUUCCCAUUUACUUUUUUUCUUCAGAGGACUAACCACCAUAGUUACGUAGCAGAUUCCAUAUCUUGCGCUGUGUAUGACAACAAAACCGUUCAGUUUCUGCUACCAAAUCCAAUCCAAUCUUGUCCAAUCAUGUUAAUAAAUUAUCUCCUCCCUUAGGAAAUGAAAAAUAAUUUAUACUAAGGAACAAUAAGUUAUUUUGGUGUUGCAUAAUUCUACUUUUCUACAAGAUUGCUGUGCAGAAUUCUGUGAAAAUAUUUGUGAAAAGAACUGUAUUGUUUUGUAAGUCUGUAUUGCAUAAAUAACUCUUUGUAUGUUGUGAUCUAUAUGAGUUAAAACUUACAUUCCAUAUCUGUAUCAAUUUCUCUAGCUGCCUACUGGAGCAGUUCCCAUUUUUCUCUUUUAAGCAAAGAUUUGGAAUGAGAAAACUCAGUUUGAGUGAAGAAAUUAAAUAAAAUGGCAUUUGUAAUUGAGACCUUCAA